AACUCGAGGAAAGCAAACACCAACCACACCCUCUCUAGAUCUGGAAGAACAACAUGCCGGCGGCAGCUGUGGUAGAAGAAGUAGAACUUCCCAGCUGCAUCGCUCUGCGGUCGCAGAGCAAUGGCUGCUACCUGCGCUAUGUGCACGAGCACGGCGAGACCUACAGGCAGCUGCAGCUCAACGGUAAGGACACCAUUAACCCCUACACCAGGUACGACGUCCAAGUGUCCCGGAAGCACAACGGCCUCGUGCACAUCCGAUGCCGCUACAACCGUAAGUACUGGGUGGCUCGUCGGCGGGGCGACGCCUGGUGUAUCGCCGCCGACGCAGACGAGCCGGAAGAAGACCUGACCAACCCCAACUGUACCUUGAUUAAGCCCAUCGUCACAGUCACAGCCGCCGCCGCCGCUGAGGACGGCCAUGAAUCGGUGAUGACCGUUCGGUUCGUCGGCGCCGGCGAUGGCAAGGCUGGAAAGGCGACGCGGCGCAUGACCUUCGCCAAGGAUGACGCUGCUCCAUGCAUGCGUGUCGUCGAAGCCACCGCCGGCGAUCUUGACCAUGACGACGUCGACGACGCGUUCACCGUCCUCAACCUGGUGAACAGCGCCAGGAUGCUCCCCAAGUUUGUCAUGUUCAAGGGCAACAACGACUUGUUCCUGGCCUCCCGUCACAUAAACAACCGGAACGUCCUCGAGUUCGCGGUGACGGACAUCGGCGACGGCAGCGCGAGGUUCGAGCUCUUCCCCAGGAACGACGGCUCCUUCUGCAUCGCCACCCACAACCCCGGCCAAGGAACGUGGUCGUCCUACUGGAACCUCGCGUCCGGGAACUGGAUCGAGCCAAACAUAUUACAGAAUAACGCAGCCAGCAACAGGAGCGCGUGGUUCCAGAUACACCAGGUGAACGACUCGUUCGCCAUCCGCAGCGUGAGCAGCGGCCGCUUCUGCAAGAGGUUCACGGGGUCGGGCUUCACCAGCUGCCUUAACGCGGCCGACACGACCAUCACGGCGGAGGCACGCGUCGUCGUGGAGGAGCCCAUCCUGCACCGGGAGAUCCACAGCAUCAGCUACAGGCUCGACGAGGCGAGGGUGUAUGACACCACCGUGCUCACCAUGGCCACCACGGCGGCCGUCAACGACACCUCCGCCGAGAACACCAAGAGGCUCAGGCUGGUGUACGAGGAGGAGGAGAUGAGCACCUGGGACGCCACACUCGAGCUCAAGCUCGGCUACAAUUCCACCAUUAGGGCAGGGUUCCCCAAGCUCGGCCUCGGCGCGCAGAUCAGCAUCUCGGCCGAGUUCUACGGUGAGUACAACUGGGGCCAGACCAUGGAGAAGAAGGUGAGGCACGAGGUCGAGUACGAGGCCGCAGUGCCGCCCAGGACCAAGGUCACCGUCAUGGCCAUCGCGACCAGGAGCACCGUCGACGUCCCCUUCACCUACUGGCAGCGGGACGUCACCAUAGACGGGAAGGUGGAGGAGACACUCAUGAGGGAUGGACUCUACACCGGCAUCAACAGCUACAACUUCAACUUCGACACUGUCGAGGAGAAGCUGCCGGAGAGGAUCCCCCUCACUUGAUCAAUUCGCUUUAUCUUAAUUAUCAUCAAUAAGUUUCGGUUCAUCUUAUCAACCGAUGGAGAGGAAACAACGUAGUAUCUUGCAUGCGUUCGCGCAUAUAUCUCUGUACGUAGUGCGGAAUAAAACGAUCGAGAGCCAUUCUGUUGUGUUGUGCU